UAAUGCGCAAAAUGAUGCGCAAAUUAGAGUCGAGGCCAAACGAAAAUUGCAUCUGAAAAACAAGAAGUGGUAAACGAAGUAAACCAAAAUGAAUCGAUUAUUUGGAAGAGGAAAAGACAAAGCACCGCCCCCAAACCUUACAGAUUGUAUUUCUGGUGUUGAUUCAAGAGCAGAAUCAAUUGAAAAGAAGAUUAAUAUGCUUGAUAAUGAUCUAAAAAAGUAUAGAGAACAGAUGAAAAAAAUGAGAGAUGGACCUUCAAAGAAUAUGGUCAAGCAAAAAGCAAUGAAAGUUUUGAAGCAAAAAAAGAUGUACGAAAGUCAAAUGGAUAACUUAAGACAACAAUCAUUUAAUAUGGAGCAGGCAAAUUUUGCCACACAGACUCUGAAAGAUACAAAAACUACUGUUGAUGCAAUGAAGCUCGGUGUAAAAGAAAUGAAAAGGGAGUACAAGAAAAUUGAUAUUGAUCAAAUUGAGGACCUUCAAGAUGAAAUGGAAGACAUGUUAGACCAGGCCAAUGAGGUGCAAGAAGCCCUUGGAAGGCAAUAUGGUACUCCGGAAAUUGAUGACGCAGACCUGGAAGCUGAGCUUGAUGCUUUAGGUGAUGAGCUUGCAUAUGACCAAGAUGCUGCAUUUUUGGAUGAUGCACUAAGCUCACCACCUGCGCCAGACACUAUACCAGCUGAAAGAGACGCUUCAGGCUCACGAACAAAGGAUGGUGUAAAGGUAGAUGAAUUCGGGCUUCCAGAGCUACCAAGCCAGACCACCUAACUGUACACUAAAUAAUUAAGACAGACAUUAGUAAAUAAUUUUGUUAUAUUCUGUUCGUUUUCUGUCAUAAUUAGGUUUUCCACAAGCUUGUACAAUUGCAACAAUAUAUUGCAUAGAAAUAGAUCAUUACAUAAAUUAUGGGCCUUGAAGGCAGUUGCGCCUCUACAUUUGUUCGUUUGCAAAGGUAACUGAUAUACAAGCAACUGAAAUUUUUAAGUAAAGCUUUGUUAUAAAUCUUUAUUUCGUAAUAUUUAGGUAUUUGUAUUUGUCUGAAAACUUACUAUUUACUCAUUUACAUGGUUGUUCACAUAAAAUUACCUGUUUAAACAUUUUAGCAUACCUUUAAUUCGUAUAUUUCCUGCAAUGACAAAUACCUUGCGUAAAUUG